AUGGCUAAUAGUGAGGUCUCGUUUGGUAAGUCUACACUUUCCAUAGUUCCAAAUAAGGGAAGCCAGUCCACAGUUUUGGAAAGAGGGGAUUUUUCGGGGAAGGAAAAUAAUGCUCAGCAAGAAAGAUUGGUGGAUGCUGCUCAGCAUGAGUGUUUGGUGGAUGGAGCCCAGCAUGAGUGUUUGGUGGAUAAUGUCCAACAAUAUUCCUUGGUUGAUGGUAUUCAAGGAAUGCAGCCCUCUAAUUUUGAAGGUAAUUCAGGAAUUCGAUCCCCCAACCCAGUUUUGAACGCGAUUAUUAAUAUUGAUAGGCCUUGCCAUGGUUCUCAAAUGGAAGAAUUGAAAAAAACCAGUGAGGAAGAGCAAUGCUUGUUAAAUGAUCAGUGUCUGCCAUCUUCAGAUUCCACUUUUUUCAUUGACCAUCACUUUGCUGUUAGAAGAGACUCAAGUAAUCCCUUGGAUGACGAAAUGGACCCUAGUAGGGGUAAUGAUCUCACCCUCCCUCAAAAUCCUCAUACGGGCAUGAUUACUAGAUCAAAAUCUAAUCCAAUGUCAAUGGAUAGUGACAGUGUGGAAAUUCCAAAUUCAUUGCCAAUGGAUAGUGAGAAUGUGUAG